CGGAGCCGCCCGCCUCGCGGAGGCUCGCGGCUGGCCCUGCGGCCCCUGCACCGCGUUGGGCCUCCCCCUAGCGUCAGCCUGGAGCGGGGCGGAGCUGGCGUCCCCGAGUCCCGGCUCGGCCCAGCGCCCGGCGAGGGGCGACGCCUCCAGGAAGAACAGAGGAGGUGCAGGAAGCUGACCUUGGCGCUGGCCGAGUCCUGGAGAGGGAAAAAAACACCCCCGGCUCCCGGCCAGCGGUAGCCGGGCUGUGGCCGCGAUGGGAGACGGCGGGUCGCCCCGCGGCGAGCAACUGGACGGUGUUACUAAGCACAAGGCGGACGUGAAAGGCGGCGAGAGCGCCGCCGCGGCCGCCUCGGCCCAGGACAACUGCAUAUUCUGCCGAAUCGCGGGGCAGAAGGACUCGAGCACCGAACUCCUGUACUGUGAGAAUGAAAAUCUUGUUUGCUUUAGAGAUAUCAAGCCAGCAGCACCUCAUCAUUAUCUUGUAGUGCCAAAGCAGCAUAUUAGAAACUGCAAAGAUCUAAACAGAAAUGAUAUAGAACUGGUUGAAAGCAUGGUAAGUGCUGGAAAAGCUAUUCUUGAAAAGAAUGACUUCACUGACUUCAACAAUGUGAGAAUGGGCUUCCACAUGUCGCCAUUCUGUUCAAUUUACCACUUGCACCUUCAUGUUCUGGCCCCAGUAGAUCAGCUUAAUUUCUUAUCAAGACUGGUCUACAGAGUGAACUCCUACUGGUUUAUUACGGCUGAUAAUUUGAUUUCAAAGCUAAGAACAUGAAAAUGUCAACAUGAAGAUUUUCCUAAUCUUGAUUCAACAUAAACUAAUACUUUGGUCUCUUUGAAAUUUAAUUGGAGGCUUUUUGAGUUUUAUGAGGGGUUAUUUCUGGUUUUCGGAGUAUCUGUUUACUGAAAUCUGUAACACAGCUUCAUGAAUACUUAGUCAUUGACUUUUUUGUUUUAAUUGUUACUCCUCGAAAAUAUAAGAUAUGUAGAUACAAUCCCAUUAAAACAAAUUCUGCCUAUCAAGAAGGGCUGUGUUUUUUAAAAUCUGAAAUAUUUUCAUCUUUCUAUAGUCAGCAUAAUAGUAAUUUACUUAAAAAGAAUAAACUAGUAGAGAAAGAAAGUGCUUUAUUACCAUAUUGAGAAAUUAUUUCUUAAUAGUUCUAUAAUUUUACAUAGGUAAUUUCAAAAGAGUACCGUAUAGUGACUCUUUUUGAUGUAUAUGUAUCACUUUUUACUAAGCUCUCAAAUACUGUUUCCAUUUCUUGAAGCUUACCAUCUUUGUAAUAAAUUGUUGUAAGAGAUGUACAGUACAUUUAUAAACAUGAAUAUAUAUUCAUGUAUAUUCAUAUAGAUGUACAUGGUUUUUGGCCACACCAUGUGAUCCUCAGAUCUUACUCCUAGCUUUACACUAAGGGAUAACUACCGGCAGAUUCUGGGAAGUGUAUGGGAUGCUGGGGAUCAAACCCAGAUUGGCUGCAUGCAAGGUAAAUGCCUUACCCACUGUACUAUCGCUUUGGCCCAGUUUCUAAAAAUGAAUUUGCAAUAACCACCAUUUUAGCUAUCUAAGAGAAUUCAAUGUAAUGGAACUUAACCUGUGAGAAGAUAAAUUUGGAAAAAGCAUAAAAUGCUUAGUACAUUAAUGUCUUUAAAAGGGCACAAAUUGUUGCUUUUAUACUUUCUAGUGGAAAACUAGAAUUAAAACAUUUUAGAACCAGCUGUUAUGAAAAUGUCCUGAUUUUUUGAGAUAGGUUCAGAUGAGGAAAUUUACUUUAGUAAUACACCAAAAUUUAUUGGCAUAUAAUUUCAUGACUUGUUUUUUUAAGGAAUUGUCUUUGGAUGCUUUCAGUGAUAGUAGUGAAUGCAAAUGAAGCAUAGAUACUGAAUCUAAUCCCACUGUGACAGUGUAGAAGAGUAUCACAUGCAUGAAUAUAAAUGAAUAGAAGGAAAAGGUAUUGUUAGAAAAAGGCUGUGAUAAUGCAUUUUGAUUAAUAUUAGACUCAAUAUUAGUCUGGUACAUGGUGGAAGUUUGGGCAGGUAUAAGAGACUAAUUAAAAUGAAUGUCAGCCUUUGAUUGUACUCAGUGGAAGUGGAGAGAUUAUUUGGAAUUAGCAGUGGUAACUCUCAAAAUUAUAUUUUCAACUUUUUAUCAUUUUUAUUGAGUCAUUUGAUAAGCAACUAAAGUGGAUGAGUAGUUUCUGCUCUCCAUAAAUCAGUUAAAGAUGGUCAGUUUCAGAAAAGGAAUCUUCAGCAUGUGCAAAAAUAUAUGCUAUGUGACCUUGCAGUGAUAUAACUAAAAAUAAGGAAUUCUCAAAUGCGUUAUAGAUCUCUUAAAAUGUAAUUAGACAACUAACUUAUUUAGGCUUAUAUCUUCUCUAAUACGUUUUUCUGCAUUUUUGAAAACCCUUGGAGUUUCUUAUAUUUAUUGGCAAUUCUCUUGUACUUAUAAAGAUUAAUAAAUUACAAUUAAAAUGUACUCAGCCGAACACUAAUUGGUAACUGUAGUUAUCUGUGACACUAGCCAAUUAAAGUGUUUAAAAUAGCAUUGAGAGCAUUAUGUAUGUUGAAAUUAUUUGUAAUUGCAGAACUGUAAAAUUAUAAAGCUAUUUCAAAUUGUGCAUAAUUGGAAAGCUAAAUAAAUAUAAAAAAAUCUG